CAGUAUCGGUAAGCGUAGGUAAGCCACCACUGUCAACUGCCGCAUGGUAUUACCAUCACGAAUACGUGAGCCGCCAACGGCGACUGGUAGAUGAUACCGCCAUCGUGAGUGCGCGAACUCCUAUCAGAACUUCGUUGCGCCGCCCUUGGGGGCAAAAAACGGUGAAAGCUAACGUACGAAACCAGAGGGCAGCACAGGAUGCGAUCUCACGAUCCUUUCCGUGAGCAAUCUCCCAACUCAUCUCUGUUGGUUAACACCGAGUUUACAUUGACUACGUCUUCGUCGUACUCCUAAAUCCGGAAUUUAUCGGGUCUGGAUUCCGUAAAUCGCAUGUUUUCAUCGCAUUUAUAAUUAAUGCAAAUUCGAUCCCGAGUAUAUCCAUCGACACUUAAAUUCGGAUUUACUGGGCUUGGGCCUUUACUUGCUUGGAUUUUUUUUUUUUUCAAGUCAUGAGUCUCUGUAGAACUUGCUAGACUUGUUGGUAAGUGAUGUUAAAAGAUGUUAAACGGUGUUUGUUAUCACAGAGAUGAGUUGGGCGGCCAUUGGGGGAGAUCAGGUGGCAAGUAUGCGAGCCGCCCGCAUUCUGUACCGAAGGCAGCACAUGACUUGUCGCGCGACCAGCCCGUGAGCAAUCUCCCAACUCAUUUCUGGCUCAAAGUUGAAUGAAAUAUCAACUCGCUAUAAACGAUGCGAAACGUAGAAAAUAAAUAAACUGGUGCGAAGUUGAGGUUAUAAAAUACAUAGGUUUAAUUAAUGUGAUUGUUGGGAUAUUGUAAAAUUGCACUUUUCAAGAAGUGUUUAUCCACGAUCAUGAAUAUUGAGCAAGACAUUUGUUCAAAUAAUAUCAUGCCUGAAGAAAGAAAUAAUGAGAUCAAAGUACACAAUGCAGAUGAAUGUAGUCUGUCAGAUGCAAGUAAUGAGAAUACAAACGAAACAUCAAAUAAAGAUAUUGAAAAUAAUGUAAAAGAAGUUGCUAAAAAGGAUUACAAUGACGGCACUGGUGAGAUAUCUAACACAAGUUUUAACAAUGACAUUGAAACGGAAGCAAUCGAAACUGACCGCAGUGAUGUCAAAAAUAAAAGGUCGGAUAAAGAUAUCAUAAAGAGGAAUGAAUUAGAUGUAGCUGAAAAGACUUCUGAUAUUAAAAUAGAAAGGAUUCCGAGUGAUAGUGGCACUUGUCAAGCAGCCGAACAUUCUGUUAAAAAAAAUGAAGAAGAUAAUCAAAAUGAGUGUAAAGAAUUAUGUCAAGAACAAUUCAAAAAACCAGCCUUGUUAAUCGGGCCGAGGAAAGGAAAAUGUACAAAAUUAAAAGUAGUUCCUAACGUUGCUGCUUCUUCUUCUUCGGCUGUACAUCAUCAUGAAGAACAAGUACAAAGUCACAUAGAUGAAAUGCCGGAAUUAAAUGAGGCUCUUACACAAGGAGAUGGUUACACUGAACCAUUAGUAGACGUUCCAAAAGAGAAACAACUGCCAAUACCCUACAAAGAACCACCCUGGGGUGGACGACCCGAAGGAGAAUAUAAGUUAGAAGUAUUGAAGUCAGGAAUGAUUAUAGAUACAAUAGAUUUAACAAAGAAAAGUUACUGGCUCUUUGGACGUUAUACAACCUGUGAUGUAUCUUUAGCCCAUCCAACGAUUUCAAGAUUUCAUGCAGUUAUUCAGUAUCGGCUGGUACCUGACGAAAAGAAUGAGAAAGGAUUUUAUUUAUUUGACCUUGGAAGUACUCAUGGAACAUUUUGGAAUGGAUAUCGUAUAAGACCUAAUGUGGGCGUCAGAUUGAAAGGCGGUCACAUGAUUAAAUUUGGCUGUAGUCAAAGAAAAUUUAUUCUGCAGUCACCACCAGACGAUGAGGAAGAGGAAUCUAAUCUCUCCGUUGCUGAACUAAAAGAACAGAGAAGAGUAGAAUUGGAAGAGCGUGAAAGAGUCGAAAAGCUUCAAGAAUUAGAAGAGGAGGAAAAGGAAAAAGAAAAGAGAGAAAAGGAAGAAAAUGAAGGAAUUGAUUGGGGAAUGGGAGAAGAUGCGGACGAAGAAACAGAUUUGACAGAAAAUCCCUAUGCAGCUACCAAUAAUGAGGAGCUAUUUUUAGAUGAUCCUAAAAAGACGUUAAGAGGUUGGUUUGAACGAGAGGGCUACGAAUUACAGUAUCAAACAGAAGAACGAAGUAUUGGGCAAUUUUUGUGUUGGAUAGAUUUACCAAUAGACAGUACUACGGGUAGGUCUACAAGAGUCGAAGCACUUGUCAAAGGAAAAAAGAAAGAAUCUGUUAUUCAGUGUGCUUUGGAAGCAUGUAGGGUAUUGGACAGACAUGGAUUGUUAAGACAGGCUAAUCAUGAAGCCAGGAAGAGAAAAACUAGGAACUGGGAGGAAGAGGAUUAUUACGACUCUGAUGAAGACAAUUUCUUGGAUAGAACUGGAACCGUAGAGAAAAAACGUGCUCAAAGAAUGAGAAUGGCUGGGAAACUUGAUAGUACAGUAGAAACCUAUACUACUUUGCUCGAAAAACAUGAAAAAGUUACCAAGGAAAUAUUAAAAAUUGAAAAGUCAUUGCGAGCUUCUGAAAAACUGAAGAAUAGUGCAGCAGAAGAUACAAAUGAAGAUGCAUUGGAUGCCUUCAUGUCCAAUUUAAGUUCUUCUGUUUUAACUAAGAGCGACAUCAUCAAAAUGAAAUCAGAAUUACAAAAUUUACGAAAAGAAGAAGCAAGUUUAAUUAAACUGGUCAACAUUGCUAAGCCCGCUAAUUUGCCUCCAUUGAAACCUCAGGUAAUACUCGAGGAUUCAAAGACAAACAUUUCUGUAAAGAAUAAAGGUUCUGUUAAAGAACAAGGUAAUGAAAGAAGGCACAAGGGAUCAUCUAGCAGCGUAAUUACCGACACGGAAUCAGUGACAAAUUCUAAGAAAAAAGACAAAGAUAAGGAAGAUAAUACUCCUAAGGACAGCCCUAUUGAAGGCAAGAGUACUGAUACCGAUACACAAGGUAACGUUUCAAAGAAAGAAGGCGAAGAUGAAGAAAUGGUAAACGAAGAAAAGAAUGAAAAGGACUUGGAGAAAAGGAAGAAACGUAAUUUAAAGAGAAAUCAGCAAAAGUUGAAGAAAGCUGAAAUUGAAUUAAAAAAAGCGUAUGAAAAAGAUAUGUACAGGGAAGAUUAUUCAAUGUGGGUUCCACCGCAAGAUCAAAGUGGUGAUGGAAAGACAAGUUUGAAUGACAAGUAUGGAUAUUAAAUGGAUUCGUUAAUAACUAGAGACAAUGUCCAAGUAUUACUCCCGGUAAUGCGUGUGCUAAAAUUCAAUAUUUAUUGCAUGCAAAUGUAAUAUUAUAUUUGAACACGUUAUGUAUUAUAUUGUACAUACAUUCUAUAUUAUAUAAAACUGUUUAUGACUUUAAGAAAUAAACCAUGGGUGGUGAUUAAUUACAGCCCACAUAAUAAAACAGUUCACCGUUCUUUUCAUUAAGCAGUAUGGUAAUUGCUUUCUUGUCAAUCAUGGAGAUCUAAUUAUAUUUGAUAUAAACAACUAUAAUAACAUAUUUAUGAUAUACGAUUAUUCUGGCAUUACAGAUUAAACAUCUAAGAUAAUUGUAAUAAAUAAUCUAGUAAGUUAUCUAAUAAAGAUGUGAUUUUUA